CUUAAAGAAGGUUAUGGGUCUAAUUCAAAACUUGUAAACAUGACCCUCCACUCUCCAGAGUGUUUUGGCUACAUUUUGUGAGCAUAUAACUAAUUUAAUAAUCUUAUAUUUUGAGUAGGUUACUCUAUAUAAUUACAAAGUUUUGAAAACACAAUAUUAAAUAUUGAAAAAGUCUCGUAAAAUGCUUUGGACUCAUGAAUCGUUUUAGCUUAUUAGUGUAAGUUGAUCACAGUUUUGUCGGUGUUGCUUAUUUAUCAGAAGUAAGCAAUUUACAAAAAUGGGUCGGACAUCCGACGGAGCAGGCCCAGCUUCAAAAAAGGUGAAGAAAAAACCGGGCAGGCGUCCCGCUGCAUCAGUGGAUGAUAUUUUUGAAGCAAUCAAAGAUGAACCGUUGUUUUUUGAAAACGGACAACUAAAGAAAAUGAGGAAUCCUUGUUGGGAAGAAGCUCGAAAGCGUAUACCACAGUUGAAUUUGCACAACUUGUAUCAGUUUGUAUUUCAAAAUAGAUGGGGCAUACAAGAAAGAUUAAUGAGGUAUAAAAGUAUUGACGUUCCUGUUAUAGAAAGAAAAAAGAAAAUAAAGUUGCCAGAAUUUGGUUUAGUAACCAAAUGGGAUGAUUACAAUAUCUUUGAUGAGAUGGAUUCUGAUGGUGAAGAAGAAAUACCUCCAUCUGAAUUGGAUUUGUUGAUGGAGAUGAAAAAAAGUGAUGAACACAAAAAUAAUAUUCAUAAAAUUGGGCUAAUGCCUUUUCAAGUUAUAUAUUGGCAACCAGAACAAAUUAAAACAUGGAUAGAUCUUAUUCAUUUGCAACCAAAUUUAUGCUUAAUAGUAUUAGACAAACUUGUUGAUAAAAUAAGUGAAAAUUUCGAAUGUAAUGAUGUGUUUGUAAUUGCAUUAGCUACUAUGGUAGAAAACUCAGUUAUAUUAUUAGGUCAGAUGAUUUGUGAUUCAUUAGAAUCUAUUGAUAUCCAUUUCUUUUUAAACGCAUGGCUUGAAAAGAAAGCUGCAGCUCCAGAAAAUAUUGUAAUUGGUUAUUGUUAUAGGGUACUUGAUGCUAUUUCAUUAGCUUUUAAUUUAUCUACUUUUGAAGUUUAUAACACUAGGUGUUACAAAUAUUUACUGAAUGAAGAAACAGAAUUACCACCUACACUUCUGCAAAUAGAUAUAAUAUCUCUUAUUAAAGUAGUAGACAACUGGCCCAGUUUUGAAAAUGUUGAACAAUCAGUUAAGGAUUUAUAUUUGUGUGGAAUCAUGUAUUUGAGUACUGUUAAUAAUUUAGUUGAAUUUGAAGAUGUUGUAACUACUUUGUUUGUGCUGUGUCAAAGUCUUGGUACAAAUGAUGAAACAGAAUAUAGAAAAGCUAAUCUAUGGACACAUUUAACUUCCGAUACAAUUCAACAAAUCAAUCAACAAUUUAUACGUUUGAUGGUAUCAAAAACUGGUCCAAGAUGUUUUUCAUAUUUGAAUAUUAAACAAAAUAAUGUGGUAUAUGAAUCACCUCAUCCAAUUUAUGAAUACAUCAAUCAACUUAAAAUACAAUCUUUAGAAAUGUGUGAGCACAAUGAUGAAAAUCACAAUAUUUACUAUUGUCCUAUGAUUGUAGAUGAUUUGAUGAAAUUAUUUAUUGAAUUUCCAUCAUGGACAAAAAUAAUUUUAAAAGAAAGUGUUAAUGUAAGUUUAUCAUCAACUUGUGCUACUGAUUAUUUAUCAUCAUUGAAAAUAAGUCAAGAAUCCACGAGUCCUUCAAUGUUUUUAAAAGCUCAUCUCAAAAAGCUGAAAAAAGAUACAGAUUAUGCUACUCGAUAUAUAAAUACUAGGAAACGUAAAAAAGAAUUCUCAGUUAGAGAAAUAAUUAACAAAUUCACUUACCCUACUCACUCAAUUAACAAAAAUUCAAUAGAAGAUUAUGAUAAUAGAAUAGAAAUACUAAUACCAACUGCUGAAAUUGAAAAAAUUCCAGAUGCAAUUUUAGAAAUUGACAAUAGCGAUGAUAGAGAGUUAAAUAUGUUAAAUCUUAAGAAAUCCAUUGACUUAGUUAUCCAAAAAAUUUUGGAUUUUGAUGAAUUUGUAGAUAAUGUUUUAAAAACUAAAAUUAAAGCUGGAGAUGAAGUAUCCAUUUGUAAAACAUUAUUAGAUUGUUGUACAGAACAAAAAAAGUUCGAAAAUUAUUUUGGAACAAUUGCUAAGAAAUUCAGCUCUAGCACUUUGAAUUUUCAUUCUGCCUUUAAACAAGUAUUUAGUGAUUCUUACAACUCAGCCAACAUGUUAGAAGAAAAUGAAUUAAUAAAUUCUAGUAAAUUUUUGGCUCAGCUUUUGAUAAAAAAUGCUAUUUCCUGGGAGUUUUUAUCCAUUUUUAAAGUGAUAGGAAGUGACAUUUCUGACCAACAAAAGACUUUUAUUAAAAUUGUUCUUUCGGAACUCGCAAUCCAUUUUGGUUUUUCUGCUUUAUUGGAAAAAUUAGAAUACAAAGCCUCUAAAUUUGAUUACACCGGGUUAUUUCCUACAAAUGCAAAAGAUAUAAAUCAAGCCAAAAAUUAUUUCAAGAUGAUCGAUCUAAAAUUUUUAAAUCGAAUGAUGAAAAAAAAUAAAAAUCCUAUCAAAGAAGCAUCAUUAAAACGAUGCGGUAGUGAUUCUAGUAUAUCCUCAAAAUCAUCUGAAGAUUUAGUAUUAGAAGUGAGAAUUUGUAACAAGAAAUCAAAAUUAGGUGAAGAUAUACAAAACGGCAAAAAACAAGUAAUAGUUGUAAAAAAAUGAACUUUAUAACUGUACCAGUAAGAAUUUAGUGUUUCAUUUUCUUAGUCUACAUCAAGAAAAUCUAAGUUUUUGAUUUUGCUGUGAACUUAUUGUGGUAGUUUUCAAAUAUCAGUAAAAACUCAAUGCUGUCUUAAUGUGUACAACGACUUUUAUUUUAAAUAUAAUAAAGUAUUUUUAUUACUAA